AAAACCCCAAACUUUUUCGCGAACUAAACACAGCCUAAGGGUGGGAAAAAAAACACAAAGCGCCCUAAAAAUCCAUGUCAUAAAAGCUCUACGAAAGUGAACGCCUCAAAGUACAGACUAGAAAGGAAAAGAAAACGAAAGCGCCCAUCGUUUUUUUUUCUUCUAAUCACACCAUCAUCAUCCCUCCUUCCCGCUUCCCCUGUCUUGUUGUACAUAGGAAUAUAACUCUCGCCUCGUCAUCACUUGCCGAAAAUGCCCCUGCCUACUCUGUACGCUGCUCCAUACAAAGAGACCUCUCGGCGCCCAAACCCCUCGCUCACUCGCCCCUCUUCCACUCCUCGCUCGCACCAAGCCAGGGGAAGAACACGAGCGGCAGGAGGGAGAAGAAGAGGGAGGAGGAGACCAAGUUAUCAGAGGAGCCAAACCCACCCACCAUCAGUACCUGUAUCAGAUUACCGAAACCUCUGUAGAGAGGAGGGAAUAAUGCCUCCGAGCAGCUACGAGAUGGCGGCCUCCAUCCUGCUCUGCGCCGAGGACAGCAGCAGCAUCCUGGGCCUCGGAGCGGAGGCCGACGAGGAGGUGCCGGCGCGGGGAAGCAGGGCGCGUGGGGAGCCCCGCGUGGAGUUCCCCGUCCCCUCCGAGGAAUGCGUCGCCGGGUUCGUGGAGGCGGAGGCGGCGCACAUGCCCCGGGAGGACUACGCCGAGAGGCUGCGCGCCGGGGGCCUGGAUCUCCGCGUCCGGACGGACGCCGUCGACUGGAUUUGGAAGGUCCACGCGUACUACAAUUUCAGACCUCUCACUGCCUGCUUGGCCGUCAACUACCUGGACCGCUUCCUCUCGCUCUACCAGCCUCCAGAAGACAAGGCCUGGAUGACGCAGCUGCUGUCCGUGGCGUGCUUGUCCCUGGCAGCCAAGAUGGAGGAGACCUACGUUCCCCCGUCUCUCGACCUGCAGGUUGGGGACGCACGGUACGUGUUCGAGGCGAAGACGAUCCAGAGGAUGGAACUCCUGGUCCUCAGCACGCUCAAAUGGAGGAUGCAGGCGGUCACUCCCUUCUCGUACAUCGACUACUUCCUCCACCGGCUCAACGGCGGCGACGCGCCCAGCAGGCGCGCCGUCCUGCGAUCCGCAGAGCUCAUCCUGCGCGUAACCAGAGGGACGCACUGCCUGGAUUUCCGGCCCUCGGAGGUCGCCGCGGCCGUCGCCGCCGCCGUCGCCGGAGAAGAGCGCGCCGCAGAUAUCGACAAGGCUUGCACCCACCGUGUCCAUAAGGAGAGGGUGUCGCAAUGCCUCGAGGCGAUCCAGGCCGCCGGGGCCCUGCCGGCCGGCGCCGUGCCGGCACCGCCUAAAACCGAAGGCCGGAGCGGCGGCGGCGGCGGCAGGGCCUCUUCCUCCGUCUCCGUGCCGCGGAGCCCCACCGGGGUGCUGGACGCCGGCUGCCUGAGCUACAGGAGCGAGGACACGACUGUUGCCUCGUCGUCGCAGGCAAGGUCCUUUUGCGAUGAGAACGACAGCUCCCCGGCCGUUUGCAGCAAGAGGAGGAAGAUUAGCAGAUGAUUAGCCCAAUGAUGGACGGAAAAAAAGGCCCUCUUCUGUGCGCUGAUCAUUGAUCGUCUCCCUGAUGAAAGUCAAGUGGUUUUGAUCGCACUGACUGACGAGUUUGGUUUUGCUGGGGGCUUUAUUUUGACGCCGUUUUCAAAGGAGCCCGAAAGGCAAAGGAAGGGCAACCAAAAGCAGGACAUUUUUGGACAUGGCGAUCCAGCAAAGACGCCCGGAGGAAUAAAGAUGUUCUGGGAGGGAUGGUAGAAAUGUACUGAGCUUCGUGCUCUUUUCCAAUAGUAGAUGCGUGUGACAGCCCAGGUUUUUAAAAUAUUAAGCAAGAGAAAUUAAAUCUGUUAUCAUACAUUAUUAACCAAAAAGCUUUAAAAUGAAUGCAUGUGUAUGCUUGAAUGUCUA